AUGCAAUACCAGAAGACCCUAGCUUCUGCCGCUCUAGCUUCCGCAGCUCUAUCCGCUUACGUUCCAAGUGAACCAUGGAGCACUUUGACUCCAAGCAAGACUUUGCCAGGUGGUGUCCGUUCUUACCCAUCUACUUUUGGUAUCUCCAUUCAAACCGUCGCUAACGGUACCAACUCUAAUUCUGAAAAGAGUUCCGACAAGAAGAAGCACGGUAAGAGAGCUGUAUCUCAAAUCGGUGAUGGUCAAAUUCAAGCUACUACUGGUGCUGAAUCUUCCCUAGCCCCAAAGGCUACUUCUUCUGCUAAGCCAUCUGCUCAAGCAGUUUCUCAAAUCACUGAUGGUCAAAUCCAAGCUACUGCUGGUAAGGAAUCUGCUGCUGCAACUGGUACUACCACUUACACUCCAUUGAGCACUAAGACUUCUGAAACCACCGCUACUGCUUUUGAAACCGUUACUACUGGUGGUACUACCACUGUUCAAGAAAAGACUUCUGCCCAAGCUGUCUCUCAAAUCACUGACGGCCAGGUCCAAGCUACUACUGGUAAGCCAACCAACGCUGCCGCACCAACUACCACUGGUGGUCACACUAUGAAGACUACUGUUGCUCCAGUUUCUCAGAUCGGUGAUGGUCAAAUCCAAGCCACUCACUCUGGUGAAGGUUCUGAAGCUCCAAAGGCUACUGUUCCUGCUAUCUCCCAAAUUGGUGAUGGUCAAGUUCAAGCUACUACUGCCCCACAAAUCACUACCGUGACUGAAGGUGGUAAGAAGACUACUUCUAGCUACUACGUUCCAGAAGGUACUCAAUCUACUUCAGUUACCGUGAACAGCAAGCCAACCGUUGUUGCUGUUUCUCAGAUCGUCGAUGGUCAAAUCCAAGCCGAUGGUAUGUCUGGUAGACCAACUGUUGCCGGCUCCGCUUCUACCACUGUCACUGUGAAGGGUAAGCCAACUGUUGCUGCUGUUUCCCAAGUCCAAGAUGGUCAAAUCCAAGCUGACAAGCCAUCCACUUCCUCUGCUGCUCCAGCUGCAACUUCUGGUGUCGGUGCAUCUCCUUCAGGUGUUAACGGUACUUCUGCUGCCACUGGUGCAUCUAACACCUCUUCUGAAGUCUCCUCUUCUGACCCAGUUAGAGCCGUUUCUUGCAAGAACAACGGUACUUUGGGUGUUACCUUGAACGACGGUGUUUUGACUGAUACUAAGGGCAGAAUUGGUUCUAUCGUUUCCAACCACCAAUUCCAAUUUGACGGCCCACCACCACAAGCUGGUGCCAUCUACGCUGGUGGCUGGUCCAUCUCUCAAGAAGGUAACCUAGCCAUUGGUGACGUUGAAACUUUCUACCAAUGUUUGUCUGGUAACUUCUACAACAUCUACGAUGAGAACAUUGGUGACCAAUGCCACCCAGUUCACUUGGAAGUCAUUGACUUGACUGACUGCUAA